AUGAAGAAGAGCGAGGACCAUGGAGGAAACCCAAGUGACCUUCUUCAGACGUCAUACAGAGAGAAAGAGAAAGGACCAGAGAUCACCAUCGCUGACGCAGAUGUUGUGCAGGAUGGCGCAACAGGCAGUCACCUCGACUGCAAAGAUCGUGCCCGUGCAUGGUGGGUUUUCAUCUCGCUGCAGACACAGGAGGAGGUGGAGGAGGAGGAGGAGGAGGUGGAGCUCUUCUUGGUUUUAUGGUUUCCUCGCCUCAGCUGGACUCCGCUGACAGGAUUUCAGAAGCGUGAGUUCACUUUGGGGAAGAGUUAUGGAGUUUUGGUCACAACAGUCCUCCACGGCCUCCGAGAUGAGCCCCAGAACAGCACAGGCCGCAAAAAUCACUCCAGUCCUGCAUCAUUUCAAUCUACAGCCUCAGACUUUCGCUGA